ACAUUCGUACGCAAAUCUGAUGGCGAUGCACUGUUUGGAGGACGGUGUAAGCAGUAUGGGCGUCUUGAUGCCGUCCAAAUCAUACUUGGCCAGCUCCUGCACAGCACACACACACAUUGACAUACACAGCGGGAGCUGCGGCGGCCAAGAAGGGGAAAGGGAAAGGAAAGGGCAAAGGGAAGGGCAAGGGCAAAGCAAGGGCAAAGGGAAGGGCAAAGGGACGGGCGGCUCAGCAGCUGGCGAUAAGGUGGAGGAGGAGCAAGACAACAGCAACAAGCCAGUCAGCUUUGCCAAUCUGCGCGCAGCUUUGGAGAGUGGCGGUCUGCAGGUGCUACUGACGCCCAUCGCCGCAGAGUUGCUCAAGCAGCUUGAGGAGAAAGAGGAGAAGCCCACGGCAAAACUGGCGCCGCCGGCCGACAGCAUGUGGGCCGGGACCUGGCAGGGCCGUCUGAUCCAGAUGAUACGCAUGAUCCCGCUACCGCCGGGGGUGAAGGAAGGCGACGAGGUGCCCGAGGUCGUAGAGACCGUGAGCAAAACCCUGCGUGGGCGGAGUGGGUAGAUGAGAUGUGGAAGCACGCCCCACCCGUGUAGACCUUGGCUUGUGUAUGACCGUACAGAUCCGUCAGACGGCCCUGCAGGUGUCCAUUCGUCAGUGUGUGCAGUCAGUCAGGAGUCAGUCAGGAGAGACGCUUGCAUGUACGUACGUGUCGACAUUCACUCACUCAUGAAUUCAG